UAAUGUGUUUGUCCAGUAAAUGCCUUACUGAUAUGAGUAAAACAAAUGCCAAACACAAGACAACUCAAGAUACAAUUUCAGGUAGGUGGCUUGACUCAGACCUUCUUCUUUCUGUUGAUAUUACCUGCUAAAUUACAUGCAGGUGUUUAAGAGGGGGGAGCCCCCGUUCCAAACGAGGCUGUAAUUUUCGCGGUCCCCCAGCAGAUGUCCCUGCCCCGAGCCCCGCACAGUGCCUGUAUUUACACUCCGAGUGGUUUUGUUACCAGCGAGACAGGACCAGGGAGUCGUGCCAGGUGCGGUGCCCCAGGUGCCACUUGCGCUGGGGAGCGAGGGCAAGAGAGGAAGGCACGAAGCAGCCUCUCCUGCCACCACCUCUUCUAAACGAUGCUAUUCCCUCGUGCUGUGCUUGCUGCCUGAACGGUGAGCAUUGAAAGUGUUGGGGUUUUUUUUUUUUUUUUGUUUUUGUUUUGUUUUGUUUUUUUUUACAGUGGAGAAAUCAGAGAGGCUGCGUAAAUAAUGUAGUUCGAAAAGUCUUUUUGUUCCUCAACAGAGUUGAUGUCGUGGCCAAGGUUUUUCUGGGUCAGAGGGACCUGCACAACCGGUAUCUUCAUACAAACUCCAGGUCCGUCUGCAGUGUGAGGAAUGGGACAGGCACAUAAGGAUUAUAAAAUGGCCUCUAAAAGGCAAAUGGAAGAGCACUGAGGAAGACCUGGCUGUGGGCAGUGUGAAUCAGCAGAAGUGACUGUGCACACCUUCAUGCACCCACUGUAUGCUAAAUCUGUAAUAAAAUUGUCACAGCCCCAGACAUGGACUUUGCCAUGGUUGCACAUGCAAAGCUUUCCAACCUGCUGCUGUUGCUGUUGAGUGUGGUAUCCUGUUCUGCUGCUGCUUAUGGAGAUGAGCCCAGCCUGGGCAAAAGGUCCUUGCUUCACUAUGAACAUGAUUCCAGUGGUGUUGACUCUUCUCAAGACACGAGGCUGCAUGUUUUCACACUGGACUAUGACUAUGUGCAAAUUCCCUGUGAAGUUACCCUUUGGAUCCUCCUUGCCUCUUUUGCAAAAAUAGGUUUCCACAUCUUUCACCGAUUACCAAGACUCAUGCCUGAAAGCUGCAUCCUGAUUGCCAUUGGAGCACUAGUAGGAGCAAUCAUCUUUGUUUCCCAUCACAAAUCUCCACCAGUGAUGAACACUAGUAUUUACUUCUUGUAUCUCCUUCCACCUAUUGUUCUGGAGGAGGGUUAUUUCAUGCCAACUCGACCAUUUUUUGAAAACCUUGGAUCCAUUCUGUGGUGGUCUGUUCUGGGAUCUCUGCUAAAUUCAUUUGGGAUUGGCCUCUCCCUCUAUGGAGUCUGCCAGAUCGAAGCCUUUGGCCUGACUGACCUGAACCUGCUGCAGAACUUGCUCUUUGGCAGCAUGAUUUCAGCAGUGGACCCCGUGGCAGCUCUGGUAGUUUUUGAAGAAGCCUCUGUUAAUGAGCAGCUAUACAUGAUGAUUUUUGGAGAGUCAUUGCUAAAUGAUGGCAUAACUGUGGUUUUGUAUAACAUCUUCAUCGCCUUCACCCAGAUGCACAGGUAUGAAGAAAUUGAAUCCAUCGAUGUCUUUGCUGGCUUUGCUCGUUUCUUCGUGGUGGGGCUGGGUGGAGUCUUGUUUGGCAUUGUAUUUGGAUUUUUCUCAGCAUUCAUGACUCGUUUCACCCACAACGUCUCUUCAAUUGAACCCCUGCUGGUCUUCAUGUUCAGCUACCUCUCAUACUUGUCUGCUGAAACCCUUUACAUCUCUGGCAUUUUGGCGAUGACAGCAUGUGCAGUGACAAUGAAAAAAUACGUGGAGGAGAAUGUUUCCCAGAAUUCUUAUACCACGAUAAAAUAUUUCAUGAAAAUGUUAAGCAGCAUCAGUGAGACCUUGAUUUUUGUGUUCAUGGGAGUGUCUACGGUAGGGAAAAACCAUGAAUGGAACUGGGCCUUCAUUUGCUUCACUCUGCUCUUCUGCCUCAUUUGGCGGACACUGAGUGUAUUUGCUCUCUUCUACAUCAGUAACAAGUUCCGAACAUAUCCCUUCACCUUCAAAGAUCAACUCAUUAUUUCUUACAGUGGCCUCCGAGGAGCCAGCAGCUUUUCUCUUGCAUUCUUACUUCCAAGGAAUCUUUUCCCCAGAAAAAACCUAUUCAUCACUGCAACUCUUGUGGUUAUAUAUUUCACUGUGUUCAUCCAAGGAAUCACAAUUGGACCAUUGGUCAGAUAUCUGGAUGUUAAAAAGACGAACAAAAAGGAAUCUAUCAAUGAAGAAAUUCAUGUGCGAUUGAUGGAUCACUUGAAGGCUGGCAUUGAGGACAUAUGUGGACAUUGGAGUCAUUAUCAGCUGAGAGAUAAAUUCAAGAAGUUUGACAAUAAGUAUUUGAAGAAAAUUUUAAUUCGGGAACACCAGCCGAAAUCCAGCCUUGUGUCAUUGUACAAAAAGAUGGAGAUAAAAUUGGCCAUCGAGAUGGCUGAGAGUGGCAUGAAAAUUUCAAAAUCAUUCACUACUUCUUUACAGAGCGGCGGGAACCAGCUCGCACACAGGCUGUCCCCGGCAGAGGUGGAGUCCAUGAGAGAUGUGCUGGCACACAACCUGUACCGAGUGCGACAAAGGGCACCAGCAUACAACCGGCACAAUCUUCCUACUAACACAAGUGAGAAACAAGCACAAGAAAUCCUCAUCCGUCGGGAACACAGCCUGAGGCAAAGCUGCAGGAAGGGAAACAGCUUGCCUUGGGGUAGACCGGUGAACACCACGGAAGUACGCUACCUCUCCUUGCCUCAGGGUCCACACCAGCCCACUAGAAGAAAAGCCAGGCAUGUUACUUUUACAGAUCAGCAUAGAAGUGGCUCUGAUGCUGCGUUCCCAUUAACGUCAAGAUCCCAGCCCCCACUAUGGCCACGUGAAGCAAAGCACCACCAAGAACUGAUUCCAAUGGCACACUUGGAUAGACGAGCAGGUCCAUCCAAUCUGUCAGGGCGAAGAGGAAAUUCAAUCAGCCGUCAUCUUUUCACCAGAGUAGACAAUCUAGCUCCAGUGCCAAAGGCUCGGUUCAUUGUCAGAGAAGUAGAGGAGUAUGAGUCAGAAGAAGAGACAGAAACCAUGGCACCAGCCAGGCCAUUAGUUAUAUGA